UAAAUUAAAAUAUAAAAAAAAAUUGGCUAUUUAAAAUAUUUACAUGUAUAAUAAAUUUUCAUAAACAAACGUUGCAAAAUAAAAGUGUAAACAUGUACAUUUGAUUGGUAGAGUGUCGUUAAUCGAAUUUACAGCAAAGAAGAUGACAAGUAGUAUAACGUUCUGUGUACUCGUACCUCGUUGACGCUUCUCUACUCAUCUCUUGGCGUUUGUUCAGCGGAGAGAGGAGUUACCUGAAGGAUCUAACGGACUGAAAUAAUUCAAUUUACCGCGAUGACGACGUCUACAACUACAGCUUCCACUGGUACUAAUACUACUACUUUGAUUCCAUCCUAACAGCUGUAAUAAGGACGAGAAGGACGAGCAUCUACCUAUCAGAACUACUGCAUCUUGCAAAACAUUGAUUUACAAGCUGAGGCGCAUAUAAUUCUCUGGUUUUCCUGCUCUCCAUCAUCAUCACUCUUCAUUUACUUAUUUAACGAACGAUAAAUAUUUAAAGGCCAAAUAAAUUUCAUAAUGAAACUCAAAAUAAUUUCGGCAGUUUUAAUUAUUUUUUUGAACGAAACUCGUGGUGAUAAUACUCGUAGAGCUUCUGUAGAUGAUGACAACGCUCAUGUGAUUAGAGAAAGAAAAGAGAUAAAAGUUUUGUCACGAAAUGAGAGAAGUCUCGUUUAUCCAGGAGCAUCACAACUAGUCUUGAUUUUCGGACUGGGCACGCCCUUGCAGUUAGAUCGUGAGAGCGUUAUCGUUGGUGCAUUUACAAAAUUACUAUACGAUUUACCGUCAAAUGCAACAGACUUUACAUCACCCACGACAAUUAAUUACCGCGAUGACAAAAGUAAAAGCCGGUGGGAUAUUUACAAACAAUUUGAAAAAUUAACAGCGUUGUAUGGACUGGGUGGUAAAGCUUGUCUGCUAAAAGCAAUAUGUCAAGUCGCACAUGUACCUUUUGAUCACAAUCACGGCUUACUAGGCCAACUUGUUCAAACAUUACUUACGCCCUCAAGCACUGCUGAGUCUUACGACGAGCACGAAGAUCAGGAAUACCAUUCUGCUGAAAAACUCGGCAGGCACGUGGGUGAAUACUGCCACGCCCUUUACCCGGAAUGCACAAGAAGUGUUUUAGACGUAUUUUCCACUACCACCGAUUUCUUUUGAAAGAGGCCUCUUAUACUUAGUUUCAAUGUGAAACUUUGUUAAUUUUAAUUUAUUCAUUUAUUAUUAUUAAAAAAAAAUCUUUUUUACG